CAGUAUAAACUUAACGCUCAACCUCCGGGAUCCGAUACCAUACGGCAUAAGCACCGAGAGAGGCCGGAAUCCAUGGACGACAGCACGGCGACCAAAGAUGAGCGGCGGCGGUCGGCGAAGUCCGAGUCUGUAAACGGGUCGCCGCAAGUUGAAACCGAGGACUCCCGGGAGAGCCCGCUAGAGGAGCUGGAGAAAAAGUACGGUCCGUACGUUAGGCGGGAUUGCUACGGGGUUAUGGGACGCGGCGAGCUUCCUUGGACCGAGAAGGUUUUGCUGGCGGUGGCGCUGGUGGUUCUGCUGCCUCUGAGAGUGGCGGCGGCGACGACGUUCGUGGUGAUUUGCAACUUGUGGUGCCGGAUUGCUACGGCGUUUUGGUCGCCGAGCGGGGAGGAGGAUGAUUACGCGCAUUUGAGCGGUUGGAGACGGGAGAUCAUUAUGCGGGCCGCCAAGUUCGCCGGCAGAGCGUUGCUGUUUUCCUUCGGGUUUUAUCGGAUUCAUGAAACGCACCGGGAACAUCAUGGUACCAAUGCCGCCGAGAAUAAAGAAGCUGAAAGGGCUGGGGUGAUAGUGUCGAAUCAUGUAUCUUAUGUGGACAUCUUGUACCAUAUGUCUUCUUCUUCUGCCAGCUUUGUUGCCAAGAAAUCAGUGGCGAAUCUUCCGCUUGUCGGGCUCGUCAGCAAGUGCCUUGGGUGUAUCUAUGUCAAGCGAGAGGAUAAGUCAUCCCAACUAAAAGGUGUAUCAGGGAUGGUAAACCAAAGAAUUCAGGAAGCUCACCAAAGCAAGUCUUCCCCAAUGAUGGUACUUUUUCCAGAAGGCACAACUACAAAUGGAGACUUUCUCCUUCCAUUCAAGACUGGUGCAUUUUUGUCAAAAGCUCCAGUGCGUCCUGUCAUCAUACGAUAUACUUACCAGAGACUCAGCCCUGCCUGGGAUUCCAUAUCAGGGGCUAGACAUUUGAUUCUUCUUCUGUGUCAAUUUGUAAAUAAUAUGGAAGUGAUCUGGUUACCAGUAUACUAUCCCUCACAACAAGAAAAGGAUGAUCCUAAACUUUAUGCAGAAAAUGUCCGUAAAUUUAUGGCUGAUGAGGGUUGUCUCAUUCUCUCGGAUAUUGGAUUGGCUGAGAAACGGGAAUACCAUGCUGCUCUCAAUGCUAAUAAAACCACGCAUAAAAAAGACGACUGAUAAGAACGAACAUGGCUACACCUUUCCUAGUUGCACUAGCGAUCAAUAUAUAUAUAUAUAUAUAGUCAUAUAAGCAUGGGUGGGUGGUCUCUCCCACACCACUAAAACAACAAAGUAUACAUUUCGUACGACUUGUAUAACUUAAGUGCAAUAAUAGUACCUUUCAGAUGAGAGUAUUAUGACACUGCUGUUACAACUUUUUUGCUGGUGUACUGGUGUUUUGAGACAACAUUAAUCCAAACAUUCAACACCCUUUUCCUUUUCCUUAA